AUGCAGAACGCCCACCCUGUGAAAACGCCGAUGGAUCCUGGGUAUGCCAGUGUCAACGAAGACAGUUUGCGAUUUAUGGAUACGACCCUGUAUCGCAGUCUUGUUGGUGCAUUAUUGUACCUCGCUGUGAACGCAAGACCCGAUGUAGCGUUGAGCGUUGGAUUGUUGGGCAGAAAAGUGAGUGAACCUAACAAAUCUGACUGGAAUGCGGCAAAACGAGUCGUACAAUAUUUGAAAAGUACCAAAAACUACCGACUUAAAUUUGACCCUGGUGACGGUUGGAAAUUGAUAGGGUACUCUGAUGCGAAUUGGGGAGGCGAUAUUCGCACACGACGUUCUACUACUGGAUUUGUAGUCUUUUAUGGAGGAGGGCCAAUCAGCUGGACCAGCAGAUGUCAGGACUCUGUCGCGUUGUCAUCCAUGGAGGCAGAAUACAACGUCCUCGCAUUGACGUGCCAAGAAAUUGUGUGGUUAAAGAGAUUACUAGCAGACUUCGAUGAACAUCAAGAGGAAGCCACUACCGUGCUUGAGGACAACCAAGGUUGUUUAUCUUUUGCUGUGUCAGAAAGAGUAAGCGGCAGGGUCAAACACAUCGAUACGAAGCGUCACUUUAUCCGCGAUCUAUGCGAACAGCGGAUUAUCAAGUUGAUGUAUUGUCCUACGACCGAUAUGUUGGCUGAUGCUUUAACAAAACCUUUAGGGCCGGCCAAGCUGCGUAAAUUUGUUGACGGAAUUGGAUUAUCUGGUUAG